AUGGCCAGACGACAGCCAGUCGCGGGAGUGAAGGGUCGGAAGCUCUGGUUUCGGCCUUUCUGCUACACCUUCAGAUCCGAUCUUCAGUAUUUAAAGCCAAAAUUUCAAGUUAAAAUGGACAGUCUGGAUCCAGCGAGCAUUUGUCCAGUUCGUCUGCAGCUACAGUACGUUACCACUAUACGCAAUUGUCACACAGCUUUGCAUUCUGGCAUUUCCCUGUCCCACAUUGAGCCUCUGAAUGGGUCUAAUUUCAAAAGAUGGAAAGAAAAUGUUGAGCUCUAUCUUGGUCUUCAGGGCAUCGAUUUCUGUUUGACUGACCCUGAGCCUAUUAUUAAUGAUCAGAGUGAUGAACCUUCAAUUGCUAGGCAUAGAGAUUGGCACAGGGCGAAUAGAAUGACGAAACUUAUCUUGAAGCAGACUAUGUCACCAAUUGUGAGGGGUAGUGUGAUUGAACCUGAAACUGCUUUAGAAUUUAUGACUGCCAUUGGGUUAAAGUUUACAGAGAAUGUGAAGGCUGAGAUAUCACUAUUGCUGGAUAGGCUGAUAACCUCUAAGUAUGAUGCAUCAGGUAGUGUCAGAGAGCACAUCAUGAAAGUUAUUCAGAUUACUACUAGGUUGGCAAACUUAGAAAUUGUCUUUCCAGAUGCUUUUAUUGUCCAUCUUGCCUUGAGAAAUCUCCCUGCAACCUUUAGUCCACUGAAAACAGCAUAUUUUGCUCAGAAAGAGCAGUGGGAUCUGAAUGAAUUAAUAGCUAUAUGUGUGCAAGAAGAAGAGCUGCAUAAGAGAGAGGGUACCGUUUCAGUCAAUUUAGUUAAUAAGCCGAGCUGGAAGGGUAAAGGGAAAGCAGCAGGGUCUAGUGCAGUAGCUAUUGCUGGUUCUGGUGAAGGUACUAGUGGAGUUAAGUCCACCAAACUUAGCCCCAAAAAGGCAGCAGGCAAGAUGAAAAAGGCUGGAAAUUUUAAGUGUUUUUUCUGCAAAAAGGAGGGGCACAUUAAGAAAAACUGCAAGGGCUUCAAGGAUUGGUUAGCUAAAAAGGGACUUCCUAACAAAGAGGGCCCCAAAUAGAAGUGAAAUCAAUGUCUCAGUAGGAAACGGAAUGGGAGUGGCUGUCAAAGCUAUAGGGACAGUCAAGUUGUCUUUAGGAUCUGGCUCUAGUUAUAUUUUGGAUAAUGUUUUUUAUAUUCCCUCUAUGAAGAGGAAGUUGAUUUCAGUAGCUCGUUUGGUUAGGAAUGGAUGUACUUUUUUCAUCAAUCUUGAAGGAAUAAAAAUCUCCCAUUCUUCUGGUUA